AUGUUUUGCUGUGUGCGCACAAGAGGCCGGAAAGAGCGGAAUUUUGAUACUACUCAACCGCUUCCUGCAGUUGGAAAACCCAAAUCUCAGCCGCCUCCGCCUCCGCCGCCGCAGUUUCCGCCGGGGAGUUACGGGUAUGAUGGCAAGAGUGGAAAGUCCGGCCCGGGUAAUGGCUUGAAGGAUGGGAAUAUGGUCGUUCUUGCAGGAGCAUGUGCCGCCACAGUUGCUACGGCCGCCGUCGUGACGGCGGCCGCCGACGAAAGUGAACAGCGUGAUCGGGGUGGUGCCGCCGGCGGCGGCGGCGGCGGGUGCGGCGCUGGAGGUGGGGAUGGCGGCGGCGGUACCUCACAGGGAUGUUGCUGCGGUGGGGGUGAUGGCGGUGGUGGGUGCGGUGGUGGUUGCGGCGGUUGUGGUGGUGGUGGUUGUGGAGGUUAA